AUGCCGACGACAGCGAUCAAGGGGAGGGGACCGAGCAUGAAGUGCAAUGGGGCGGGGGAGGAUGCCAAUGGCGAGGUUGCGGAGCGGUGCGGUGCCCUUGAUGCACCCCCUGGAACGACGCCGGUUCCCAUGCAUCGGCUGGACGCUCGGUCGGACGAUGAGAUUUCAGCAUGGCUUCAGAAUCGACACGAGGUUGUGUCGGAAAGGAACAUUUGGGCCUUCUGGGACAAGGGCUUCAACAAGCUCCCUCCGUGGACAAAGCGAAACGUCAUGAACUGGGUUCGAAAGCUGGGACCAGACUGGACCGUCCACGUCCUUGACAACGCGGCAGGCUCAGAGACAAACGUCGGCCAUUAUCUCGACAGCUCCUUCUUUCCCGAGGCCUUCAACAAGGGCAUGAUGGACGGGCCGACGGUUGGCCAGCACCAAGCCGAUCUCAUCCGUCUACCGCUGCUCUGGAAAUACGGUGGCAUCUGGCUGGACGUCGGCACCAUCCUUUUCUGCCACGUCGACGGCCUCUGCUGGAAGCAAAUCGAAGACCCAGAGACACCCUACGAAAUGGCUGCCUGUGCCAUGGAACUUCGACCAGGAGUGGAUCAGAUGACCAACACCUUCAUCGCCGCUCGCCGCGGCAACCCCUUUGUCAAGCGAUGGCAUGAUAUCUUUGUCGCCAUCUGGGGCAGCGAGACGAAUGCGUUUGCCACGAGCUUCCACACGCACCCCCUCGUCAGUCACAUCCCGCUGCCGUCACUGCCCGCCGACAAGCUCAGCUGCCCCGAGCCGACCAUCAGCAUGGAAUUUUUGAGCGACUACCUGGCGCACUACCUUGCCAUGGAGCGAUUGCGCAAGCUGAUCGACCCAAACGAUGGCUUCAACGGGCCGGCGUACUACGCCAAACACGUGUUUCUGCUGCCGUCCAUGGACGAGAUGUACUACCUGCAAGCGUUUAGUCAGUGGAACGGCGCUCGGGAGUUUGCCAUUCUCGCCACGAAACGCUCGGGCGAUGGAGCGCAGAUGGACGAGAGCUGGGAAACGGCCGAACGGCUUGUAAACCACUUGCUGGCGAAUACAGCGAUGAUGAAACUCUCACAUGCGCCUCCGAAAGAGGCGCCUUUCCUGGCAGACCUGUGGAACACAGAGGAGCACUCGGAGGCGGACGAAAGUCCGGGGACAUUUGCGGCACGCAUGAGGUACGGCAGUGUUCACUUUGAGCAGACGAGGAAGCCGAGGCCGAUGGAGAUCAAGCUGGAGACGGAAGGAAUCCUCCACCUUGGGCUUCUGGAGCAUGAAGCCACGUCGGACGGUUGCAAUGUGCGAGCGAGUGACGAUUUAGCUGUCCGUGCAUGA